AUGCCACAUCCCUAUGACUCUUCCAAGUCUACACUCGUCCUUUGCAAUUCGUCCGGUACGAGCGCAGAUCUGUACAGACACCAAUACGAAAACAAGGACCUGAACAAGCUAGCUAACUUGCUAGCCAUUGAGCUGCUAGGUCAUGGCCAGACCAGAGCGAAGACCGAGAAUUCCACCUACUGGGCUAGCGUUGUCAUGAAUCUGCAAGUCCUGGACACUCUGGAUAUCAAGGGCAAGGUAUUUGUCCUAGGUACUAGCCAAGGUACACCAUCGUUCAAACCAGCAAACGAAUUUUACCACUUUAUGAACUUCACGGGCUUUGGCAAAGACAUCCCAACCGAAGACGGAAAGUUCUGGGUCAAAGCUACCCAGAAGAACUGGGAUGGAGACGAUGGCCGCAGACGAGCGAGAAUGUGUGCCAUCAAUUUGCGUAACAGAGAUGGUCUACAUAGCAGACUGUUUGACGUGGGGAUCCCUGUGUUGUGGCUGCAUGGAGAUCAGGACGUUGUGUACAGUGUUGCCAAUGCUCAGGAGGAGAUCAAGCUCUUCGUCAACAGCCCAGACGCAACGCUUCAGGUCAUUGAGGGUGGGCCACAUUAUCUGAAAUACACCAAGGCCAAAGAAGUCGACGCUGCACUGACCAAGUUCUUUAGCAAAUACAUCAAGCAAGCCAAGUUGUAG